CUUUGAGGUGGUUUUUAAACCGUCAUGAAUUCGAAAGACAAAGUUUUACACAAGUUCUAUUAUUUUGUAUAAGAAAGUGUGCCAUAAAGCUGUGGCGCUUCUGGGUUAGGGUUACUAACUGCAGCCCAAUUUUUACGUUGAGACUUGAGUUGAGAGUCGUAAACAUAAAUAUAAUGAUGAGUCAUGUGAUAAAUUAUUACCUAUCACAACUCACAAGUCUGUGAUCUCUUCUGUCUACACAGGCAAAUCAAAAAUGUCAAAUGUAUUUAGUAAUCAAUUCACGAUUGCAAACUUUUACAAUAAUUAAUGCCACGGAUUUCCGAAUCCAAUGAUACCAAUUCUGAUUGUAAUUAAAAUAAUAACAAAUUUAUCUAUAUACCUAGUUUUUACGUUAUGUAUAAUUACUAAGCUUGUGUGGCGUCUAAAAUAUAUGAACAGUAGAGGUUUAAAUUCUUGAACGAAUCUUAAGGAAGCCCGCGUAAAUAAUUUGUUUGCUUUUUAAAAUGGUUAAAGCCAAUGUAAGUUCAAUUUUAUCAAAUAUAUUGAAUAAAAAAAGAUAUAGUCAUUGUCGUUUAUGCUUAGGAAAUAUUGAAGGAACCUAUAUUCGUAUGGAUGACUCUGUUUCAUUAAAUGCAAGCAAUGAUAGUUGUCAAACACUGAGUAGUGUGCUUAUUAAACUUUUGGGUGAAGAGUUUGGUCACCAAAUUCCUGGAGUAGAUGCUGUCUGUCUUAAAUGUGUGGACUGCGUUCUUGCAGCAAUGAGCUUUAUAGAAAAUUGCAAAAGCUCUGAGAGAACUUUAAAAUGUGCUGUAAAUAGUAUAUCCAAAGCUUUGGAGUCACAUAUUUAUAUGAAGAGUGGAGAAAAACUGUUUAUAAAUCUAAAUAACACAGAAACUGAACUGUUUGUUCUGAACAGGUCUAUAAAAAAAAGAAAACAAACAUAUAAGAGAACCUAUGAGUGUUAUGAAUGUCUAAUUUAUCUUGACACAUUCCAUGAUCUCAAAGUACAUAAUCUUGCAUACCAUGGAUCUGUCACUUGUAAUAAAUGUAACAAGAUAUUUUUAAAUUAUGAAAGUUUGAGUAAGCAUGAAAAAAAUGAGCAUAAAUUUAUAUGUCCUGAAUGUCCUCAUAUUCAAAAUAGUGAGGAAGACUUAAAGAAUCACCAUAACCAAUGUCAUGCUAUUCAUAUAUGUCAAGAAUGUGGCAAGCAUUGCAAAGGUUUGAAUAAAUUAAUUUCUCAUGAAGAUAAGCAUAAAACAAAAAAUUCUUGUCCUAAAUGUGGUAAGUCAUAUACAACAAAAGAUUUUUAUAAGCGACAUGUUAAAUUGUGCCUUAGUGAUAAAAUAGAUCCACAUCCUCAUCGUAAUAUGAUGAAAAAAUCCUAUAAUUGUGAAAAGUGUGCUAAGGGUUACAGUACAAGAGGUGGUCUUAGAGUUCAUAAUAGGUUUGCACAUGGCAAUGCUAAGCCUCAUAUAUGUAAAGAAUGUGGUAAAAAAUUUACUGCUCCAAGCUAUUUAAGAGUGCAUAUGGUUAAACAUACUGGAGAAAGAAACUUCAAAUGCACUAUCUGUGAAAAUAGAUUUGUGUCUAAAGAAGCCUUAUUAUACCAUACAAGGCGACAUACAGGUGAAAAACCUUACAGUUGUAACCAGUGUGAUGAGAGAUUUGUAAAUGCUUCAGCUAGAGCUGAACAUAUAAAAUUUAAGCAUGUAGGACCAACACUAGUAUGUGACAUAUGUACAAAAAAAUUUGUUACACGCCACUUUCUAAAACAACAUAUAGGGAGACAUCAUGACCCCACCAGUAAACUUUAUUACGGAAGAAGUGCAGUCCCAACAAAUGUACCAUCAGAAAAAAAUAUGAGAAAAUUUAUAAUUCAAAUGGAAACUUGAAUUCUUAAUACACAAGGAAAUAAAACUAACUUUUUAUUCAAUAUUUUUUGUCCCUUUGUCAUAAAUUAUCAUGUAACUUAUUUAUGGCUAACCUUUAUUUCUUUUUUAGGGAUUUAUUAUUUAUCGGUUUAUU